GUCUUUUGUUCUUCUUCUUCUUCUUCUUAGUGUAUUCUACUUGUUCUGAUUUCCCAGUUGACAGCUGGCGCUAUUGAGAUGAAGCAUGGGUGUGGAGAAAAUUAGUUGAAUUGCAGAGAGCUGAUUGAUUGGGAGAGGGAAGGAGGGAGGUAUGGGGAACAAGAUCGCGCGCACGACCCAGGCGUCGGCGUCGGAGUAUUACCUGCACGACCUGCCGUCGUCCUACAACCUCGUGCUGAAAGAGGUUUUAGGUCGCGGACGCUUCUUCAAGUCGAUUCAGUGCAAGCACGACGAGGGUUUGGUCCUCGUCAAGGUCUAUUUCAAGCGCGGCGACUCCAUCGAUCUCCGCGAGUACGAGCGCCGUCUCUUCCAUAUCAAGGAGACCUUUCGCGCCCUCGAUCACCCUCACCUCUGGCCCUUCCAGUUUUGGCAAGAGACGGAUAAAGCAGCUUAUCUUGUGAGACAAUACUUCUUCAAUAAUCUACAUGAUCGAUUGAGCACGCGCCCCUUUCUCAGUCUCAUCGAAAAGAAAUGGUUGGCUUUUCAGUUACUUCUUGCUGUGAAACAGUGCCAUGACAAAGGAAUAUGUCACGGUGAUAUUAAGUGCGAGAAUGUCCUGGUGACUUCUUGGAAUUGGCUCUAUCUUGCUGACUUUGCUUCCUUCAAGCCCACUUACAUUCCGUAUGAUGACCCUUCUGAUUUCUCGUUUUUCUACGACACCGGUGGAAGAAGGCUUUGUUAUCUUGCUCCCGAGAGAUUUUAUGAGCAUGGAGGUGAGAUGCAAGUUGCACAAGAUGCACCAUUAAGACCAUCUAUGGAUAUCUUUGCUGUAGGGUGUGUGAUUGCUGAGCUUUUUCUUGAGGGUCAGCCACUAUUUGAACUCUCUCAACUUCUCGCUUAUCGUAGAGGGCAAUACGAUCCUAGUCAACUUCUUGAAAAGAUACCAGAUUGUGGAAUCCGCAAAAUGAUACUUCAUAUGAUUCAGUUGGAACCAGAGUUGCGACUUUCUGCUGAUAGCUACCUGCAGGAGUAUACAACUAUUGUGUUUCCGAGUUACUUCUCUCCGUUUCUGCAUAAUUUUCAUUGUUUCUGGAAUCCGCUUCAUUCUGAUAUGAGGGUUGCACUUUGCCAGAGUGUUUUUCCUGAGAUACUGAAACAAAUGAUGAGCAAUAGGUCAACUCAGGACGCUAGCACUGGACAUGGAACUCCUUCAAACAUCCAUGCUGCUAGCGGUAAAUCUUCUCAGGACAUGAUUGCAAUGCAGAACAUGAAUUUGACAAAGGGCUCACUGGGAAAGAAAGUAGAUAUGGAUAAAGGUUUCAAGCGCGAUCAAUUUGAACUUCUCGGUGAUAUCAAUACCCUUCUUAGGGAUGUUAAACAAAGUAAUCAUUAUUCUAAUAUGAAGCCAAUGGUGGAGGACAACACUAAUUCUGCAUUUUCCCAGAAUCUUGGAAACUAUGGCAUGCAAUCUCCUGGUGAAUUACUUCAGAAUAUCUCCCAUGCAUUUAGGAGAAAUGAUCAUCCUUUUCUAAAAAAGAUUACAAUGAAUGAUUUGAAUUCAUUGAUGUCCAAGUAUGACAGCCAGUCAGAUACCUUUGGUAUGCCUUUUUUACCAUUACCUGAAGACAGUUUGAGAUGUGAGGGCAUGGUUCUGAUUACCUCUUUGCUAUGUUCCUGCAUACGCAAUGUCAAAUUGCCUCAUUUAAGGAGGAGGGCGAUUCUUUUGCUGAAGUCAUCUGCGUUGUAUAUUGAUGAUGAAAACAGGUUGCAGCGUGUAAUUCCAUAUGUUGUUGCAAUGCUUUCAGAUCAAGCUGCAAUUGUGCGUUGUGCAGCCUUGGAGACGUUAUGUGACAUUCUCCCUUUAGUUCGAGAUUUUCCUCCUAGUGAUGCAAAAAUUUUUCCGGAGUAUAUUCUGCCAAUGCUUUCCAUGCUUCCUGAUGAUACAGAGGAAAGUGUGAGGAUAUGUUAUGCCAGUAAUAUAGCUAAGCUGGCACUAACUGCUUAUGGUUUUUUAGUUCACUCAAUAACCUUGAGUGAGGCUGGUGUGCUUGAUGAAUUAAGUUCUCCAAAGAAGCUACUGGCAUCAUCUAGUGAGACAUCUGGUCAGCUCCACAAGGUAAAUAAUGAUGCACAGCUUGCCCAGUUGAGGAAGUCCAUAGCUGAAGUCAUUCAAGAGCUUGUUAUGGGUCCCAAGCAAACUCCCAAUAUCAGGAGAGCACUCCUUCAGGAUAUCAGCAAUCUAUGCUGCUUCUUUGGUCAGAGACAGAGUAAUGACUUUUUGUUACCCAUUCUCCCUGCUUUUCUGAAUGAUCGAGAUGAGCAGCUAAGAGCAGUAUUCUACGGGCAAAUUGUGUAUGUAUGCUUCUUUGUGGGUCAAAGAAGUGUGGAAGAAUAUCUUUUACCUUAUAUUGAGCAAGCUGUAAGUGAUGCUACAGAGGCUGUUAUUGUCAAUGCAUUGGACUGUUUGGCCAUUUUGUGCAAAAGUGGUUACCUGCGCAAGAGGAUACUCCUGGAAAUGAUUGAGCGUUCAUUUCCAUUGUUAUGCUAUCCUAGUCAAUGGGUAAGAAGGUCGGCUGUGAGUUUUAUUGCAGCCAGCAGUGAUUGCUUGGGUGCAGUAGAUUCCUAUGUAUUCCUUGCUCCUGUUAUUCGUCCGCUUCUUCGUAGACAGCCAGCAUCUCUAGCUUCUGAGAAGGCUCUCCUUUCCUGUUUGAAGCCUCCUGUCUCAAGACAGGUAUUUUACCAAGUUCUAGAAAAUGCAAGGAGUUCAGACAUGUUGGAAAGACAGAGAAAGAUAUGGUACAAUUCUUGGCCUCAAUCUAAACAAUGGGAAAGUGUGGAUUUACUUCAUAAAGGGGUUGUCGAAUUGAAUUCGAUGAGGAGCUGGACAGACGACCAAGAAAGUCCCGAGGGUCAAAAACAUUCUGGAAAUGAAUUGCAACAGGGCAAGCUAACUGAAUGUGAUGAUGGUGAGGCCAAGUUUGGAUGUAUGGGAAGCUUUACGCGCAAUGCUUCGAGCACAGUUGACAUUCAUGAUCCUUUAUCCUCUGAAAAGUUGCAGUAUUCGGGCUUUAUGUGGCCACAGGGAAGUACCGUGAAUAGCUUCAUGUGUGAUAAAUCAUCAGUAGGGAUACCUUUGUACUCAUUUAGCAUGGACAGGCGAGCAGUGGGAGUUCCUCCUGCUCCAUCUGACUCUUCAUUACAAGUGAAUUCUGUGGGAGUUGGUGCAUCAUCUAUGCCAUGGAUGGAUCCAGUAAAUAAAUCUUUUAGUUUAGCUAGUUCUGUUCCAGCACCCAAGCUCGUGUCAGGAUCAUUCAACAUCAGCAGUGGUUCUAAACAAUUCUACAGAGUAGUACAUGAACCAGAUGGUAGGGAUAACGACCAAACAACCUUUGUCAAUAGUAAGUUUCAAGAUAUGGGGUUAUCUAGUGCUACAAAAGCAAGUUCUAUUACUGUGGAAGAUGCAUCCUCCACAAGUGAUCUAACAGGAUUGCCCUCUUCUACAAGAGCUUCAUCAAUUCCAGAUUCUGGUUGGAGGCCUCGUGGGGUUUUGGUUGCACACUUGCAAGAGCACCGGUCUGCUGUGAAUGACAUAGCCGUAUCAACUGAUCAUAGCUUCUUUGUGAGUGCAUCUGAUGAUUCCACUGUCAAGGUAUGGGAUUCGAGAAAGUUGGAAAAGGACAUCUCAUUUAGGUCAAGAUUGACUUAUCAUCUGGAGGGAAGCCGUGCACUAUGUUCUGUAAUGCUCCGGGGCUGCGCUCAAGUUGUAGUUGGAGCAUGUGAUGGCAUGAUACAUAUGUUUUCUGUUGAUUACAUUUCCAGAGGUCUCGGUAAUGUAGUUGAGAAGUAUUCAGGUGUUGCUGAUAUCAAGAAGAAGGACACUAAAGAAGGGGCAAUACUUAGCCUUUUGAAUUUCUCUGCUGACAACUAUGCAAAUCAGAUGGUUAUGUACAGCACCCAAAAUUGUGGGAUCCAUCUUUGGGAUAUAAGAACGAAUUCAGAUUCUUGGACAUUGAAAGCAACUCCGGAGGAGGGCUAUGUAUCUUCCCUAGUAACAGGCCCUUGUGAAAAUUGGUUUGUGUCAGGAUCUUCACGGGGUGUGCUCACUCUUUGGGAUAUGAGGUUCCUUAUUCCUGUGAAUACAUGGCAGUAUUCUGCUGUUUGCCCCAUAGAGAAAAUGUGUCUUUUCCUUCCUCCUCCAAAUGCUUCUGUUUCUGCUUCUGCAAGGCCCCUUGUUUAUGUUGCUGCAGGUUGCAAUGAAGUUUCUCUUUGGAAUGCAGAAAAUGGCACCUGCCACCAGGUGUUGAGGGUUGCGAGUUAUGAAAGUGAUGCUGAAAUGUCUGAGGUGCCUUGGGCCUUGGCGAGAUCAUCGACUAAAAAUUCCAAAGCGGAUAUGAGACGGAAUGUCAAUCCUCAUUACAGAGUUGAUGAACUGAAUGAACCACCUCCUCGCAUUCCUGGCAUCCGUUCAUUGCUUCCCUUACCUGGGGGUGAUUUGUUAACUGGGGGAACCGACUUGAAGAUACGUCGAUGGGAUCAUUACAGCCCUGAUCGAAGUUACUGUAUUUGUGGGCCAAACUUGAAGGGUGUUGGAAAUGAUGAUUUCUAUGGAACACGGUCUAGCUUUGGUGUGCAAAUUGUGCAGGAGACAAAGAGACGGCCUCUAACAACAAAGUUGACAGCCAAGGCAGUUCUUGCAGCUGCUGCCACUGAUACUGCUGGCUGCCAUCGUGAUUCAAUCCUUUCAUUGGCCUCUGUUAAGUUGAAUCAAAGACACCUAAUAUCAAGCAGUAGAGAUGGGGCAAUCAAGGUCUGGAAGUGAUCUGACAUUAUCAUAGACCCUUGUUAUUAUCUAAUGUACAUACUUAGCAUCAAUGCUAGUCAAGUUUGUAUAUUGUAGUUAACACAUAACAAAGCUUCAACAGUCAAUCAAGUAUUGCCUAAGGUAGAUAUAUUAUGGCUCAUUACCCGUACUUGGAUUUAGAGUUUGUAACGUGUAGGAAUAGACUUGUAUCACCCGCUGUACAUAUCUCACUUGAUACCGUCUCAAUUGAUAAAUGUAGAUUUAUAAAAAUUGUUGAGUACGGCAUAUUUUGUGCUUCCA